CGUCAGUCGUAGUGUGGCAGCGGUCGAGUCAGGUCGGUUUUCCUCGUGGCAGCAGCUUGGCCCGUCCCUUUACUUGGACAGAGAGUGCUGGAGAUAGGUCGUGGACAUGCGGUGGUUCAACAUGCUCUCCUCCCGGCUGGUGUUGUUCUGUGGUGAUGCAAGUCAACAGUAGAACCGCCGAAGUGAAAAUUUAGAGGCAAAACAAAAACAAUUAUUAGUAGAAAGUGGUGGAAUGUUAUGUUGUUCUGGUCAUCGUCUUGUGAGUGCAAAUAGCCGCAGAACCUUGAGUGUAACUCGUAAGCAUCACUGAAAGCAAAAAAGACUUUCAGUAAACUGUGAACAACUAGUAGAAGAGAUGUGAAAGUUUGCAAAAUUAUCAAGAAGAAACAAGUAAAAGCAGACGAAGCAGAAGAAGCAUCAUCAUUUGGAACAGCUGUUGGUUGAAAGUGUGAAAAAAGGGAGAGAGAAAAAAGAACGAGUAAUUUUCAGAAAUGCAUCGGCACCAUAUUGCCGCCGCUGAUGCUGCGUACGACGCCCACGCACCCACCCGAACGGGGAAGUGGCCUGUCUGCUGAGAAAGUAUCGGCGUAAAGUCGAGAUCAGUGGCUCAUCUUUUGUGGUGCGGUUUUUCGGUGCGCGAAUUCUGAAAAAAAGGGAGAGUUGGAGCAGUGUGAGCAAAGAACCAGUUUUGAUUUGGAACAUCCAGUCUUGGAAGAAGUUGGAAAGUUGAUGCUGGCAUGAACACCACCAUCAGCUGGCGUUUGUGAUUUGUGCAGUUCGCUGGUCCUAGCCCAAGAUUUUAACGACCCGAGACGCGCAAGCCGUCGUCGCCAGGUCUGCCGCAGUUCAGGCUGAUCAUCAUCCGGCGCUGUUGUCAUCCUUUCCAAGAUCUGUCCCCGGGUUGGCUGGGGGGGUUCGGGGCGCAUCAUGCCAUUAAUCAAGUUGAUUAUUAUUAUGAAUGUAAUUAAGUGGAAAAUGUGUGCAAACGAAGGGGAAAUAUUUUAAUAGCCCUUCACCCUAGUCCGGGUUUUUGCGGGAAGUGUUUGUGUGUGUUCCGACGGGGAGCGUGCAGUGCCCGCCCAAGAAGAUUGUGAUAUUAAUAGACAGGUGCGUUGAAGAAGGAAGAACGACGACGACGACGACGAUGGCGCUUCGUUGGCUUGAGCUGUGUUUUAAGUAUAGAUUAGUGCUAGUUGGUUUUAUUGUGCUAUUUUACUGUGUAAGUUACGCAGUGGCGGGAGAUUCCGGGGACCAGGGGGGAUCCUUGGACGGUGACUUCCAACCGGGUGGUGGAGGCUACUAUCAGCGAAGACGGCAUCACUACCGCGAAGGUCAACACCGGCGGUCGUCCUAUCGGCGGGUUCGAGCACCGCACGAUGGUCGUGGUCGGGUCAAGAAGAGUGGUGUCGUCGAGGGUAUCCUAGCGCAGGACUCCCCCAUCAACGAUAUCAUCCGGCAGGCCCGCGAACGCAAACCCAACAUCAUCCUCAUUCUCACCGAUGAUCAGGACGUCGAGUUGGGUUCGCUCAACUUCAUGCCCCGAACGCUGCGUCUCCUCCGGCAAGGUGGUGCCGAGUUCCGGCACGCGUACACAACGACCCCGAUGUGCUGCCCGGCGCGGUCCUCCAUCCUGACCGGGAUGUACGUGCACAACCACAACGUGUUCACCAACAACGACAACUGCUCGAGCACCACGUGGCAGACCACGCACGAAACGCGCUCGUUCGCGACCUACCUUUCGAACGCCGGCUACCGGACCGGCUACUUUGGAAAGUACCUCAACAAGUACAACGGCUCGUACAUCCCGCCCGGGUGGCGGGAGUGGGGCGGGCUCAUCAUGAACUCCAAGUACUACAACUACAGCAUCAACAUGAACGGGCAGAAGAUCAAGCACGGCUUCGACUACGGCAAGGAUUACUAUCCGGACCUGAUUGCGAACGAUUCGAUUGCGUUCCUGCGCCAGAGCAAACACCAGAAUCACCGGAAGCCGGUGCUGCUGACGAUGAGCUUUCCGGCGCCGCACGGACCGGAGGACUCGGCGCCGCAGUACAGUCAUCUGUUCUUCAACGUUACCACGCAUCACACCCCAGCGUACGACCACGCGCCCAACCCGGACAAGCAGUGGAUUCUGCGGGUCACCAAACCGAUGGAACCGAUCCACCGGAAGUUUACCGACCUGCUGAUGACCAAGCGGCUGCAGACGCUCCAGUCGGUGGACGUCGCGGUGGAGCGGGUCUACCAGGAGCUGAAGGCGCUCGGCGAGCUGGACAACACGUACAUCAUCUACACGUCGGACCACGGCUACCACCUGGGCCAGUUUGGACUGAUCAAGGGCAAGAGCUUCCCGUUCGAGUUUGACGUGCGCGUGCCGUUCCUGAUUCGUGGCCCUGGGAUCGAACCGGCCAGUGUGGUCGACGAGAUCGUGCUGAACGUGGAUCUGGCGCCGACCUUCCUGGACAUUGGUGGGGUGGCUCCGCCACCGCACAUGGACGGGCGAUCGUUUCUGCCACUGAUUCUGAACCGACACCGGAAUGCGGUCGACAAGUGGCCCGAUACGUUCUUGAUUGAGAGCUCAGGUCGGCGGGAAACGCCCGAGCAGAUGCAGGAACAGCGGAUGAAGGCCGCCGCUGCUCGGUACAGUGCCCGGAUGAAUGCGAUGGCGGUGGCGGCGAAUGCAACGGUGCUCAGUGUGGAACCGGUGAUGUUGCCGCAGGAAGCGCUUGUGACGGCGGAAGGGGACACGGGGAAGCGGGAUGAGGGAGCGAUGGACUUUGGGUCGCACGAGCACGACGAGGAUGACGAUGAGCACGAUGGGGAGAAUGAUGAUGACGAUCACCACGCAGAAGAUUCCGAUGUAGAUCACGCGGAAGCUAGGCAGGACCACGAGGAUUACGUCAUCGAUCACCAGGAGGCACAACACUUUGGAGUUAGUGAAGCCCAUCACGACCCGCUGGACAACCACCUGCCCAUGUCCCCGUACCGGUCCAAGAUGGAGCGACUGAACAACGAGUGCUCGAACCCGGUCAUGCAGCAAAACUGCGUCCCAGGCCAGAAGUGGCGCUGCGUCAGCGAGGACGGCCGGUGGCGGCGUCACAAGUGCAAGUUCCACCUGCAGCUGCAGAACCACCUGGCGGAGAUCAACAAACUUUCUAGUCAAAACAAGCGCAACUGCGCGUGCUUCACGCCGGACGGGCUGAUCUACACCAAGAUCAAGUCCAAACGGGACUACAAACAUCACGCGCUGGGCGGCGGUCGCGGUCACCACCGGAGUCGCCGCCAGCGGAGGGACGUUCCGGCGUCGUACGAGGAGCGGCUGCUGGAGGCCGACCGCGAUAUGGCCGGGCUGAUACGGAUCGCGCGAUCCGUCGUGGAGUUGGAAGAGUUGGAGGAAUCUAGUCAUAGCAGAAGCAAGCGGGAGACCUCCUCCUCCGGAGGAGGUCAGAUCGAGAACGUGAUUCACGAGCUGCAGAGUUCGCUGAAGGAGAUCGAGCAAAGCGUCGAGCAGAGCGCGGUGCUGCGACGGCAGAACCAAUCGGAGGGCGUUGAGGUAGAAGCAGGUACCAAGUGCUUCGUGACGGCCGUCGGCCGCGUCAACUGCUCGAACGUAAUCUACGAGGACGAAAACAGCUGGAAGCGCAGCCGAUCGCAGAUCGACAUGCUGAUCAAGGUGCUGAAGAACAAACUGAACGACCUGAAGGGCAUCAAGAAGCAGCUGAAGGAGCACCGACCGUCGACCUUCCACCCCGAAGACGGCGAGGAAGAGGAAGACGAAGACGACGACACUCAAAGCGCGUCCGUUGAGCUAGACUACGAGCUGCGAAUGACCAGCUCCACCCCGUCAACAACCUCAACCACUUCAACGACCACCACAAUCAUUCCCUUCCUUGUUGACAACGGUCUCCCGCGGCGAGACCACCUCAACCGAACCAGCCACAUCGGCUCGAAGCGCCCCAAGCACAACGGAUUCCGACGGCGCCAGAAACCGUACCGGGGUGGUGGUGGAGACGACGAGGGUCCCCUCAUCGACAUGAGCCUCUUCGAUACGGCCGAGGGAGAGGUGCUGCUGCCGGAGGGGGUCGCGAAUCGAACGGCUAGUCACGGUAGACACCGGAGCAAUGGGCAGUGGGCGGCCGGAGGGGGGAAGCAUCGCAGUCGGAAUCGGGGAGAGAUCACCACGUCGACGACUACGACGAGUACGGUGGCGCCGACGGAGGCGGAGGUGGAAAGUGAGGAAGAGGUUAUCGUUGUGGGAAGUACGGAGCAGACGGUGCUGGACAUUACGGAGGAAGUGCUGCGGGCUAUUGCGAGCACUACCACGUUGGGGUACGAUAGUCCGGUGGAGAGUUCGUCUGCGGCUGCGGAGGUGGCCAGUAGCAGCAACACGGAUGCUACUGAUUUGGAUCAAGACCCAACGAUGCCCGAACCUAGUUCAACUGAAACGCCCGAAGAAGACGUUGCAGCCAGAAUGGACGGCAGCUCGCCAACCACCACCACCAGCACCACCUCCAUCCCAUCAACCAGCACGGUGGCUAACGAAAUCUUCAGCGCCAUCAGCCAGAACCAGAUUCCACCGGUGGCAAAGAACGACGCCACACUACUUCCGCCGGCCGCCGAGUGCUACUGUGAGCCUGAAGUUGAAGGCCCACUCACGGAUGAACGCGAACUGGCGCGCGAAACUCGUCGCCGGCUGAAGGAGGAACGACAGCGCAAGAAAGAGCGUAAACGCCAUCGGAAGGCGAAGCUGGAGAAGGAGUGCCUGUCGGAGCGAAUGAACUGCUUUAGCCACGACGCGAACCACUGGCGGACGGCACCGCUGUGGGACGAUAAGCCGUUUUGUUUCUGCAUGAAUGCGAAUAACAAUACUUAUUCGUGCCUGAGGACGAUUAAUCAGACGCACAACUUUUUGUACUGCGAGUUUACGACGGGACUGGUCACGUACUACAAUCUGAGAAUCGACCCCUUCGAAACGCAGAACCGCGAAUCAUCCCUCACCGCGGAGGAAAAGGUCGUCCUGCACGAAACGCUCGAGUACAUGAAGAACUGCCGCGGCAAGAGUUGUACCCUGCCGAGGCAUCACCACGGAGGAGCAGGACUUCCGGGAGCGCCUCCGGUGGAGGUGGUUGCCGGUAACGUUGGAGGGUUGCUACCGGCCGUUGGGAUUGGGGGUGCCGUAGCGGGAGGAGUGGUGGCCGGAGGCGUUGGACGGAUGGCCACCGGAGGAGGAAGCGUUGGGGGUGGUGGAGGUGGCGGGGGCAAGCGUAAACAUCACAGAGAUCCUGCGAUCGCAGCCAGUGGCAACAUUCCGGUUCACUUCUCCGAUUUUGAUGCCCGCACAAAUGGCACUCCAAAAAAGAAGAUAAAGUGGGGCAAACGCAAACAGCAGCAGCACCAGCAACACCACCAGCAACAGCAAAACUGGCAGCAGCAGGGACUGAACUACCACCACAACAGCCAGGACCAGCUGCAGCUGCACCAGCAGACCAGAAGUGGUGGCGGCCACAGCCAGCAGUACCCUAGUCAGAGCAACGAGUUCCACGGCGGUGGAUCGAGACGGAAUCGAACCAGUCGGCGACCCAUUUGGAGGAGUACAAUCUAUAAUGCUUAAGCGGUCGAGUGUUAGUUUGUUUUGAUUAUUUUAAUUUUUUUUCUGUUAAACCCUUGUGUUAGCAUGGAAUCUCACCUGGUUUGGGAAGAGUAAGAGCGAAAAUUGUAGAAAUUUUAAUUGUAAAUGUUCGUUUGAAAACCAGAGAUUGGAAAAAAAACAGAGUGGUGAAAACAAUGACUGAUGUAAAUGUAUUUUAUUUUUGAACGCUGUACUUUGUUCAAUGUGUCGUAAGCUUUUAAUUAAAUUAAUCUCUCCUUUGUUCUUGUAUGUAAUCAAAAUACAUAAUUUUGCCCUCGAAAUCGAAACGUACUAAGAAAGCGUCACAAGGCAAUGUGUUGAAAUCCUUGGCUAGAAUAGGUCACUGCCAUUCCACGAGUUUGGACAAAAGUCAGCGCGAAACAAGGUAUGAAAAAGCGAACCCUAGAGAAUCUUUGUUGGAGGCUGCUUCAAUGCCAAAUAAUUACUCCAAUUUAUAUGCUUUACACAUGCUACAAUUAUGCUACAAUGUCAGACAAUGAACAAAAACACACACUACUUGCACAAUAAGUAUUAGCGGCAGGUCUUGCGGAAGCAUAAGUUUGAUCUGAAGGUGUAUAACUUUAGAAAAAAAAAAACAGCAAGCAAAAUAAUCAUCAUAUUUAUUACAAAACAAAAAAAAAAAACACACACACACAUACAAGAUUGUGACCAGUUUGUAGUGCGAUUAGCAGCAGCAGCAGUGUAGAUUUGCGUUUGGAGGCAAUCGGAUCAAGCCGUGAUGGCAAACGUCGAGUGUAUUUAGACUUGCGCGGCUAGUCGGAAGAAAAUGGUAGGCAAGUGCAAACCAAUUUUGCAGUUGAAAAGUUCAAAUAAAAACAGUAGAACAACCACAUCUUAAAGUAAA